AGUCACUGUGACAUAGUCGUUCACGACACCUUCUCUUCCUUGGAAGUUCAAUCUUUGAAAACCAAAACAAUCGCAUUCCACUUCCAUUACCAUUGCUUGCUGCUGUUAUCAUAAUGGGUAGCAGAGGGAAGGGACGCACGCUUAUGGAGGUUGGACCUGAUGGAGUUGCCAUCAUCACCAUCAUCAACCCUCCUGUCAAUUCUCUCUCCGUUGAUGUAUUGCGCAGUUUAAAGGAGAGUUUUGAUCAGGCUUUACAGAGGGAUGAUGUCAAGGCAAUUGUUGUUACAGGUGCAAAGGGAAAAUUUUCUGGAGGUUUUGAUAUUACUUCAUUUGGUGGUGCUCAAGAGGCAAAUAUAGAGCGUCCAAAACCUGGUUGGAUAUCAGUAGAAAUCAUCACUGAUACUAUAGAAGCGGCAAGGAAACCUUCAGUUGCUGCCAUUGAUGGCCUUGCCUUGGGUGGGGGAUUAGAGGUUGCAAUGGCAUGCAAUGCACGGAUAUCAACCCCAACUGCUCAACUAGGUUUGCCUGAACUUCAGCUUGGAAUAAUUCCUGGAUUUGGAGGAACACAGCGACUUCCUCGUCUUGUUGGUCUGACAAAGGCACUUGAGAUUAUGCUGACUUCAAAGCCAGUUCAAGGGAAGGAAGCUUUUGGCUUGGGGCUUGUAGAUGGUGUGGUUUCACCUGAUCAGUUGGUGAACACUGCACGCAAGUGGGCUCUGGAUAUCUUGGACCGCCGACGACCAUGGGUUUAUAGUCUUUACAAGACUGACAAAAUAGAACCUCUAGGGGAAGCAAGAGAGAUACUGAAAUUUGCACGAGCUCAGGCUCGAAAACAGGCUCCUAAUCUCAACCAUCCUUUGGUUUGCAUUGAUGUUAUUGAAGCGGGAAUAGUUUCUGGUCCUCGUGCAGGACUCUGGAAGGAAGCUGAAGCAUUUGAAGAACUGGUACAGUCAGAUACUUGCAAAAGCUUAGUUCACAUAUUUUUUGCUCAAAGAGGAACAUCUAAGGUACCUGGGGUUACUGAUCGUGGUCUGGCUCCAAGACACAUGAAAAAGGUCGCUAUCCUUGGUGGUGGACUAAUGGGCUCUGGAAUAGCAACAGCUUUAGUUCUUAGUAACUAUCCUGUCAUCUUGAAGGAAGUAAAUCAGAAGUUCUUGGAUGCUGGUAUCAAUCGGAUUAAAGCAAAUUUACAGAGCCGUAUCAAGAAAGGUAAAAUGACCCAGGAAAAAUUUGAAAACGCUAUCACUCUUGUCAAAGGUUCCCUUGACUAUGAAAGCUUUAGAGAUGUGGACAUGGUGAUAGAGGCUGUUAUUGAGAAUGUUUCCUUAAAGCAACAAAUCUUUGCUGAUCUUGAAAAGUAUUGUCCACCUAAUUGUAUACUUGCAAGUAACACUUCCACAAUUGACUUGAACCUGAUUGGAGAGAAGACCAAGUCUCAGGAUCGAAUUAUUGGAGCCCAUUUCUUCAGUCCUGCACAUGUUAUGCCACUUCUGGAAAUUGUACGUACCAAGCAGACAUCUCCCCAAGUAAUAGUUGACUUGCUAGAUGUUUCAAAAAAGAUAAAGAAAACUCCAGUGGUGGUUGGAAACUGUACAGGAUUCGCUGUCAAUCGGAUGUUCUUCCCAUAUACACAAGCAGCUCUCUUGCUUGUUGAACGUGGCACUGAUGUUUAUCAAAUUGAUAAAGUAAUAACCAAAUUUGGAAUGCCCAUGGGGCCUUUGAGAUUGGCUGACCUCGUUGGUUUUGGCGUGGCGGUUGCAACUGGCUCGCAAUUUGUUCAGAAUUUUCCAGAGCGAACUUAUAAAUCAAUGCUUAUUCCAAUUUUGCAAGAGGAUAAGAGAGCAGGCGAAACAACUCGCAGAGGGUUUUAUUUGUAUGACGAUAGACGCAAGGCUAGUCCUGAUCCUGAAUUGAAGAACUAUAUUGAGAAGGCUAGGAGAAUUUCCGGGGUCUCCAUUGAUCCCAAGCUUGUCAAGUUACCAGAAAAGGACAUCAUAGAGAUGAUCUUCUUUCCUGUGGUGAAUGAGGCUUGUCGGGUCCUUGAUGAAGGUAUUGCAAUCAAAGCAGCAGAUCUUGAUAUUUCAGCUGUCAUGGGCAUGGGUUUUCCACCUUACAGGGGGGGUAUCAUAUUCUGGGCUGACUCUCUUGGAUCCAAAUACAUAUACUCAAGAUUGGAGAAAUGGUCAGAAUUGUAUGGAGAAUUCUUCAAGCCUUGUGCCUACUUGGCUGCAAGGGCUGCCAAAGGGAUUCCUCUGAGUGCCUCGGUGGAGCAAGUGAAGUCACGGUUAUAAGAUACAAAUAACUCAUUACAUGUUUACAUGAUUGAAUUUUCUUUUCCCAGUUAUUCCUCCUUUCGGAUGGAACAUAGUUGAGACUUGAGAAAGAGCCAACUAAUGCAUGAUGAGAAAAUAUUUGAGUAGAGUAGAGUAGAGUUGUUUGGUCAAAAUAAAAGUAUAUCAGGUUCAGGUAUAUGGGUUUCUUCCUUAGAGCCCUUGUCUGUGUUUGUUGUUACUAGCACCAUGACAAAGUAGAGUUGGCUUAAAUGGUUAUGGGUAGUAAAUGGUGUAUAAUUUCUUUUUAUGUUCCUUUUGAGUUCACUGCUGCAGUGCUGCUGACUACCGUUAAUAGCAAUAAUGGUAGUUGAAUUAAGCCAACAUUAAUAUUAAAGUAAUUGCACACGGCAACGCUUUACGUAUUUUUGGCUCAUGUAUUAGCUUUU